AUUGUUCUGAAAUAAUUUGGGAAUUAAAUUGACUCUUCACCCUCCGUCUUCGCCUUCCCUCCUCAGAUCUAAACUUCCGGGGAAAGAUUAAAAGAACUGGGAAAUCAGUUCAUCGAUCUUGCCGGGAAACGCUGCAGACCCACUGAUUCUCCAAACAAUGGAUGAAUUUCCAGGGCUGUUAGCCAAAGACUUUGGGAUCAGACCCCAAGGUAAAUCCGCCCCGAUGGCACCUCCUCGGGGUAAUCUCUCUUCCGUCUCGAAUUUCGGACUCCGAUCCGAAUUUGGCCAAUCCUCUUCUGCUAACGCCGAAUCAUUAGCUCCCAUUUUUGACGACUACGAUCGCGAUGGUCUCUUGUUUAACGAUGUCUUCGGUGGACCUCCAAAGUACUCGUCCGAAUUCCGUGCGGCUGCAUCCUCGUCGUUUGAUUAUGAUUCCAUUUUCAAGGAUCAUAAUGCCAAGUCGUCUUCGAUGCCAGUUUUCGACAAGCCUGUGUAUGAUGAUGAUAUCUUCGAUGGGUUGCCAGGGCUAAAGACCUCUUCGACAUCGUCAGCUCCCAAGUACGACAACAUCUUUGCGUCGAUCUCAGGGUCGCCGCCCACUGCAAAGACUAAGAGGCAAAACAGCUCGCCUUUUGAUGAUCUGCUUGGUAAUCUAGGAAGGAAAGGGGAUGAGACGAAAACUGAGAGAAUGCGACCAGACGAGGAUGCGUCAGCUUUUGAUGAUUUAAUACCUGGUUUCGGAGGGAGUAGCCCCCCUCUCAGUUCAAAGUCAACUUCAGAGUCCAGCAGGUCCCAGAAACCAUCUUCAAAUUCAAUCAAAACCACCUCAAAUUUGAUGGAAGACCCAUUCUUUGUUUUAGAGUCUGCAUCAACUCCUGCAGAUUCAUCAUCAGGGUUGUUCACAGAUCCAAUGGAAGAAAUUAAUACACUCAAUGGAUCAAGGAACACAAGAAUGGAAAGUUCAUCUGUAAGUGGGGGAGUAUUUGAUGGUCUUGAGAAAUCCAGGCAGUCUGAGAUAAAUAAGAGAGGGAAGGAUAGAAGCAUGAAUGGUCAAGCCCCUACUAGCAAAGAGCUAUGUGAUAAAGAGGAUUAUGAGGGCUAUGCAAAGGGUAAAACAUCCUCCAUUGACAAUUUCCCAGAAUCUCAUCAAACCAUGUUUGGCAUGCCUAAUGUGUCAACAGAUUUUCCAAGAUCUGUUAGUCAAACUACUACUUCAUAUAUGAAUGCCAGUUCUAAUGAGACAAGUUCCCAGGUCAAUGCAACUCCAGGAUCUGAGUCAAAUUUUGACUCAUUGGCUGAUACAUGGCUUAUUGUGUCAGAGAUUCCUCUCGUCACACAACCAACAAGUGCUCCUCCACCUUCAAGGCCCCCACCUCCAAGGCCAUCACGAGUUUCAAAGUCCGCUGGAGGUUCCUUUUCAGCCUCAAAUGCAAAAAGGGUCAAUGAUUUUUCUUCAUUCCCAAAUUCUACUCAGUUUUCUCAUAAUUCUCAGUCCUGUACUGCUUCAAGAAGCUCAGUGACAUCUCAGAUGGAUGAACUUGAAGAUUUUGGCAUGGGUGGGACCCAAAAUAGUGUUAGUGAACAACCAGAAGUAUUUCCUGCUGAAGACUUUGUUUCAAACUCUGUUGCAGCUGCUUCUGCUGCUGCAAUGAAGGAGGCAAUGGAUAGAGCAGAGGCUAAAUUCAGACAUGCCAGGGAAAUGAGGGAGAGGGAGAACUUAAAGGCUGCUAGAAGUAGAGAAGCUGGUCUACUGGAUAAGGAAGAGAAAGUUAUGCAAGAUGCUCAAGAUAGAGAACUUGGGGCAAAACAAGAGAGAAUGGAGCGAGAUAAGCAACAAAGGGAGAGAGAUGAAGAAGAGACAGAGCAGAGGAGAUCUCGCCGUAGAGCUGAAAGGGCUGCUGUUGAAAAGGCAGCUGCAGAGGCCCGAGAACGAGCUGAAAGGGCUGCAGUUCAGAGAGCACAGGCUGAAGCCCGUGAAAGAGCAGCAGCUGAGGCCAGAGAAAGAGCAGAAAGGGCAGCUGCAGAAGCCAGAGAAAGGGCAAAUGCAGAAGCUAGGGAGAGAGCAGCUCUGUCUGAAGCAAGGUUUAGAGCAGAGCAAGCUGCUGUGGAGAGAGCUGCGGCGGAGGCUCGAGAAAGGGCUGCUGCUGCUACAAGGGCUAACCAGCAAAAGAAUGACAAUGAUCUUGAUUCCUUCUUUAGCAUGGGUCGAGCAAGCAGUGCCCCAAGGCCAAGAGCUAACUCUUCAGAUCCUCUUUUUGAUAUGCAGAACAAGGCAGCACCUGAAGCAGCCAGGGGAACAUCUGUUGGGUCCUCAUCCAGCCUUAGGAAAGCAUCUUCAGCUGCAAAUAUUGUUGAUGAUCUAACUUCAAUAUUUGGAGCUGCUGUAUCAUCUGCUGGAGAGUUUCAAGAGAUUGAAGGGGAAAGUGAAGAAAGACGAAGAGCCAGGUUGGAACGCCAUCAAAGAACUCAAGAGCGGGCGGCAAAGGCAUUGGCUGAGAAAAAUGAGCGUGAUCUUCAAGCUCAGAGGGAACAAGCUGAGAGACAUAGGAUUGCUGAAACACUAGAUAUUGAGAUCAAGCGUUGGGCUGCUGGAAAAGAGGGAAAUUUACGGGCUCUGCUAUCAACAUUGCAAUAUGUGCUUUGGCCUGAAUGUGGCUGGCAGCCUGUUUCUUUGACUGAUUUGAUAACUGCUGCAGCAGUUAAAAAAGUUUACAGGAAAGCAACUCUAUGCAUCCAUCCUGAUAAAGUGCAACAGAAAGGUGCCAACCUUCAACAGAAAUAUAUUGCAGAGAAGGUUUUUGACUUGCUCAAGGAAGCAUGGAACAAAUUCAAUUCGGAGGAGCUCUUCUGAAGUUCUUUGGGUGGUAAUUUAGCUCAAAUUCCAUGGCUUGGCAAACUGAUUAUUGACAUUUGCAAUGGCUGAAUAUUCCAGUGGCUAGACAGUCAAUCUACUGCCGUUGUCUGCUUCAAUUGAUGGUUUAUAUAUGGUAUCAGCAGUUAAUGGAGGCUUAAGACCAUUGUACAAAAUAGCCGCUGAAAUUACUGGAAGGGUGAAGGACUCUUGUACGGGUUGAUGUACAUUAACUUUCAUCCAACUCACACACGUGGAAGUUAGAUUGUACUUGUCGGGUGUGGAUUAUCAUUCAGCAAAUCAGUUGGGUUAUAUGCCUUUUGCGUCAUCUCGUGAGGGUAAUUUUUGUGUUGAUUAUUCUCUACAUUCAUUUUUUAUGGGUGUUUUUGCCCUCUCUUUUGUGCCGUGGCAAUAGAGAUUGAAAUGUUGAUUGCAUACCGAUAUGUUUUGUUGAUAUUAAUGCAGUCUGAGCAAUUUAUGAUUUUUUGUACUGCAAUGUGGAAACUCUGAGGCUUCAAUGCUUGAUAAAUGAACUUGGGCCAA